AUGUCAUCGUCUAAAAAAGAGCCCAGCAAACUCCAUGGAACAUUAGAAAAGGCUCAAGGAACCGUUGAAAAGACUGUCGGUAAACUAAUUAACAAUGAGGGUCUGAAAAUCAAGGGUGAGCAAAAAAUCAUCGAUGGACAAGCUGAAAUCACAGCAGCGAAACUUAAAGCUUCUGCUGAAAAAGGCACUCCUCCAGUCGAGCAAGAGGUCAGAGAAAUCACCGAAAGUACGUGCCACAAGCCUGAAGAAAGGGAUGAAGAAAGGGGAGAGCAAAGUGAACCUAUCUGA